AUGCCACGACAUAUAGACCCUAUUAUUGGUGAAAGAACUCCAUCAUUUAUAUUUGAAAAAUCAUUUGAAUAUGAUUUUAAAGUAGAUCCAAUGAAAUUUGGACCUUCAAUAUUGUCUCACCCUGAAUUAUAUCCUCAAUCUGUCAAAGCUCUACCUAGCACUGUGUCUAGCUGGGAAGAUACGAUAGAAAAAUGUAUCACGAGUAUUGUUUCAAUCAAAUCCUGUCGCACCCGCGGAUUAGAUACUGAAGUUCCCGGGUCUUUUACUGCUACUGGUUUUGUUGUAGAUCCAGAAAGGGGUAUCAUACUUUCUAACAGGCAUGUGGUAUCUGUUUCUCCCGUUACAGCAUGUGCUGUAUUUUGCAAUUACGAAGAAAUCGAGCUAAAGCCAAUAUAUCGGGAUCCUGUUCACGAUUUUGGGUUCUUUCAAUACGAUCCUUUGAAAUUGAGAUUUUUGGAGGUUCCUGGUAUCAAAUUACAUCCUAAAGGGGCAAAAAUUGGACAAGACAUUAGGGUUGUUGGUAACGAUGCAGGUGAGAAACUGAGUAUAUUAUCAGGAACACUUGCAAGAUUGGAUAGAGAGGCGCCUGAAUAUGGGAUUGGAGAAUAUAAUGAUUUUAAUACGUUCUAUUAUCAAGCCGCUUCAGGAACAAGCUCGGGGUCUAGUGGCAGCCCUGUAUUAGACAUUCAAGGAAGGGCUAUAGCGCUGAAUGCGGGUGGAGCUCAGACAUCGUCAUCUAGCUACUAUCUUCCUCUUGAUAGAGUACAACGUGCACUAAUGUUUAUUCAAAAUGAUAAACCCGUGCCACGUGGUACAUUACAAACAACUUUUGACUACCAAUCUUACGACACAUUAAUGUCACUUGGACUUGGUCGUCACAUUGAAAAAAGGCUUAGAUCGCAACCAAAAAGCUCGGAUAACCCAAAUGAAGGCCUACUUGUAGUCAAAUCUGUGUUGCAAGAUGGUCCGGGGUAUGGUUCUUUAGAGCCGGGUGACAUCUUGUUGACAUGUAAUGAACAGCUAUUACCAGGCUUAUUUAUUGAUUUGGAGCAGCGUAUGGAUGAUGCCAUUAGUUUAGGAACUUCAAUAAAUGUAGUCGUGUCCAGGUCCGGUGAACUAAAGGAAUAUUCUCUGAUGGUGAAAAAUCUGCAUGACAUAACCCCUCAUAGAUACCUUGAAUUUGGAGGGGGGAUCCUUAACGAUCUGUCUUAUCAAGUAGCGAGGUCAUACGGUUUAUCAUUGGAAACCCCCGGUGUGUAUGUUGGUGCGGCAGGUUUUAUUCUCGGUACAGCUCAGGUAUUGCGUAGAUCUGUCAUUGUUGCUAUAAACAGUUCACAUGUUGGAUCGCUGGAGGAUUUUUUGUCUGCUGUUUCAGAUGUUCCACAAGGUAGUCGUAUACCAAUCAGAUAUUAUUCACUUUCGAAACCUAUGAGGACAAAAGUUAUGAUCCUUCAGAUGGAUUGGAGAUGGCAUAAGCUUAGAAUGGCUGUUCGUAAUGAUCAAACAGGACUAUGGGACUAUACUACUUUGAAAACACCUUUGUUUGAAAAUAAUCCAUUACAAGCAGUAAAUACUACUCCUUACAGUCAUCAUAAUGUAAAAGAAAAAGAAAAAGAGGAAAGGCUUCUGUCUCUCCAAAAAAGUAUUGUGUCCGUGGAUUGUUAUUCGCCCUUCAUAAUUGAUGGCACAAAAAGUUCACACUCCUACGGCGCAGGUGUUGUUGUUUCUAUGGAUCCACCCUUAAUCAUAUGUGAUCGUGAUACAGUACCAGUAGGAAUUAGUGUGAUAUCUCUGAUAUUUGACAAUUCGAUUACUAUAUCUGCGGAUCUGAUUUUUUUGCAUCCGUUUUAUAACUUUGCCGUCCUAAAAUUUGAUCCCACACUGGUAUUUAAAUCAAACAUUGAUAUCGUAGUUGCUGAUUUAGAUGAUGGUAGCGAUUUGAAGGUUGGCGAUACGAUAAACUACAUUGGUUUGUCAGGUCAAAGCGAGAUUAAUUUCAAAAAAACUUCUAUCACACACUUUGCUCCCAUACGCACCAGUGAGACUUCACCUCCAAGAUGGAGAGCGACAAAUGUAGAGACUUUUAAAGUUAGUGAUGGGACUUUAGGUAGCCAAGGGGGUAUUUUUGCUGAUGACGAAGGUAAAGUAAAAGCGAUUUGGAUGAGCUUUUCCAUAGACAAUGAAAGAAGGGAGCAGUCGAGCGUCUUGGGUGGUCUUCCAGCAAGACUUGUUCUUCCCAUUGUUGAGCAGAUUAAAUCCCAACAGCCCCUUUCAGUCAGAGGGUUGGAUGUCGAAUUCUGGAUUUUGCAAAUCUCCAAUGCAAGGCUUUUAGGUGUUUCAGAUGCGUGGAUUGAAGCUAUAAAGCGUAACACGAAUCCAGUAAACCGACCCUCUGUAGUAUAUAUACUUGGUAUCACCGAUAUAUCCAGCCCUUCUGGAAAACUACUAAAAGUAGGUGAUAUUGUGCUUUCUAUAAAUGGGGAGGCCUUAUCCAGUAUCUCUGAUUUAGAGCACUUUUCAGAUAAGAAUCAAUUAAAUAUGACAAUUGCUCGAGAUGGCCAAGAACUAGAACUAUCCGUUCCUACUACCAGAUAUGACGGGAAAGAAACUACAGAAGUAGUAGGCUGGCAAGGUAUGCUUAUUCAAGAAACGUAUGCUUCAGCGAAAGAACAAGCCCAAAAGGUCAUACCAGAAGGUGUAUAUGUCUCUUGUUGUCUUUUCGGAUCUCCUGCACAAGCAAGUCUUAAACCAGGUAUCUGGAUAACAGAAAUCGACCAAACACCCGUAAAAACAUUGAAGGCUUUUCUGAAUAUGGUCAAAUCGGGCAGUUCUAGUAAACGCAAAACUAACAACCCAGACACAAGGGAAUUUCAUGCUGAUGGGAACAAUCACGAAAAUCUAAAAAAGAAUGGCUCUGCGUUAUUAGCGUCACCCACAAGAGCAGAAAUAGAAGAACUGAUGGCAUUUAGUAAUAGGUCUCAUAUUCAAAUCAAAUUCGUAACUGCAAGCAACGUCACACAAGUAAGGGCCCUGAAAAUGGAUAGACAUUACUGGCCAACAUGGCAUAUUUCUAAAAAUGAUGAAUCUGUUUACGGGUGGGAUAUGACGUUUAUAUCAUAA